AGAAUUUUCAUGACAAUUCACUAACAAAGAGAACCUUUCAUAUAAGAGAAAGAUAUAAGAAACCUGGAUUACAGAGGAGGGAGACGUAUAAUUGUUACAUAACUGUGGGAGACAAGUUAGUCUGCGGUGAAGUAGCGUUGCAUUCGAGUGUACGAUUAGUGACGAUGACGAGUUAUAAAUUGGUAUAUUUUAAUGUGAUGGGACUGGGAGAACCCAUAAGGUUUCUCCUCAGUUAUGGUGGUGUUAAAUUCCAGGACGUUCGACUGGAUUUUGGUUCCCAAGAAUGGACCAACUUGAAGCCAACAACUCCAUUCGGUCAGCUACCCACGCUGGAAAUCGAUGGCAAAGUUUACUCGCAAACGUUGCCUGUUUGCCGUUACCUGGCCAAACAAUUUAAUCUCCUCGGCAAAACCGAUUUGGAUGCGCUGCAAAUCGAUGCUGUAGCGAAUGCUCUUCACGACUUCAGGAGGCUGACGGUAUCGCAGUACUACAGAGAAGCCGAUCCGGUUUUGAAAGCCAAAAGAAAAGUCGAAGUAAUGACGAAAGUGAUACCAUUUUAUUUAAAUAAACUCGAAGAAUUGGUGAAAAACAAUGGAGGGUACUUUUAUGGUGGUCAGCUGAGUUAUGCUGAUCUCUUCUUCGCUGCUAUUUCGGAUUCCCUGAGUAUAGCUUAUGAAGCUGAUAUUACAAAAGAUACGCCGAAUUUAAAAUCCCUCAGACAGAAAGUUUUAGAAUUACCAGGUAUCAAAGAAUGGAUACAAACAAGACCGAAAACUGAAAUAUAAAUGCUUGAUAAAACAGACUUUGGGGGCCUCGCAUUUAAAUAAAUUGAAUGUUUUGUAAAACUACUAUUUUUAUUGUUUUUCAUUUCAAAUGCAGGUGCCCGCUUUGAAAACAGUAUCGCUGGCGCCACCUGACAGUACGCGAGAAAAUUAAUAAGAAAAUUACGUUUUUUCGUAAAAUCAACAAUGUUUAUCUCUUUUAACGCAAGCAACUCAUUCUAGAAACAGAAUUUUAAAAAGCGUAAUUGUUUAUUUCGUUAUUCAACUUCUCCGUCACUAGAUGGCGAUAGGAAUACUGUAAAACGUAAAAGUGAGGCUAUUUUUCUGUACUUUUCAUUUCUAGUAGCCAUACUUGCUUAAUACAUAAAAUAAUGCAAUCAUAUAAAAGGAUUUCAGGAUAAAAUCUCAGUAAGUAUCAGAAUAGAGUAUUAACAGCAGGAUGAAAGUAUCGCAUACUUAUAUAAUCUCACAUAUAUUUAAAUAAAAUUAAAGAUCAAAGUUCAUUUCUUGAAGGAAGCGAAUUUUAAGUGAUUUGAAUUACGAGGCGAUUGAGCAUAGUGGUAAGUGGCGCCGCCAUUUGGUUAGCGAGUGGCGGCAACUGGCGGCCGCGUGGCCAAUCAGCGCUCUCGAAUGAUCGCUGCGCGUGAGAGCUGCGCGAGUGUCUCGUAGUCGCGGAGCCGUCAGUGUGCGCGCCGCGGAGAGCCAGACAGACAGACAUCUUGUAGUAGAAUUUAGCGGCGUGGUGUUUUCGACCGUGGGUGUCGGUGUCACGGUUUCGUGUCGCGGUGCUCGUCAUUACGGUGUCGUCGCCGUCGUCUUCGCCGCCGCCGUAGCCGUCGUAGUCGUUGUCGUGGUCGUGAUUGUUCGCCCUGUGCUCACGCCGCGAUCGUUGUCGUUGUCCUCCACCUUGUCGGUAUUAAAAGUCGUCACUUUACG